CCUAAGCUUUGGUCUCAGCAUCAAAGGACAACUCAGUGCAAAGGCAUAUUCCACUGUGUAUUCACGACUGGGAUUUUUUUUGCCUGUCCCACCAAUUCUCUGAUACUCAAAUAAUCAAAACUCCGUCUCUUCAUUCUCUCAUCUUCAUCUACUCAACUCAUUAACAGUUGCCCCUCAUCCAACCCCACUAUCACCAACUGUUACCAAACAACACCGCCAACAUGCCUUCUGAUCUCGAUACCCUGCUCGAUAUGGGCUUUGACAAGGAGCGCGCUGAGAUUGCCGUCAAGAAGACUGGAGGCCUCCAGGGCGCUCUUCAGUGGCUUGAGGAUAACCAGGACAAGCCUAUUGAUGAGAUCAAGGCUGCUGCCGCUGCUAAGGAAGAGGGUGAUGACGAGGAGGACACGGAAGCCAAGAUUGCAGAGCUCGAGACCGGCACUGCCAAGUCAUUGAUCUGCAAUGAUUGUGGAAAGAGAUUCAAGAACCAUGAUCUGGCUACCUAUCACGCGACCAAGACCGAGCACACUGACUUCUCGGAGUCAACAGAGGAGAUUGCACCUCUGACCGAAGACGAGAAGAAGGCCAAGCUUGAGCAACUUCGCGAGCGCCUCGCCGCCAAGAGAGCUCUUCAAUCUGUCAAGGACAAGGAAGAUCACAAGCGCAACGAGCAAAUUCGCCAAAAGUCAACCAAGGAGAGCCAGGAAGCAAAGGAGGAGCUGGCCCGCAAGCAAGCAGUCAAGGAAGCGGCCCAGAAGCGACAAGAGAAGCUCGAGGACCAGGAAGCCAAGAGGCGCAUCAAGGCAAAGAUCGAGGCCGACAAAGCUGAGCGACGCCGAAAGGCAGAGGAGGCCAAGGCAGCUCGUGAGGGUCGAGCUCCUCAAGUCGAAGCUGCCACUCCUGGUGGCGCUGCUGCUGUGGCGGCCGCAUCUAAGCCCAAGAGCAACCAUAACGAAGCCCGACUCCGACUACAGACCGAUGGCGGAAACAUCACCAAGACCUUGCCCGCUGAGACGACAUUGUUCGAGCUGGCGCAACAGCUACAGAGCGAGACGGGGAAUGCUGUGUCUAGCUUCACGACUACGUUCCCUCGCAAGACCUUCGAGGGUGACAUCGAUUUCUCCAAAACCCUGAAGGAAGCGGGAUUGGUCCCGUCAUCGGUCCUGGUCGUCAAAUAAAUUUCUGACGUAGACAUGAAAGAUUGUGCAUGGCGCGGCGUUGGUGGGGACAUGGAAGAUGAAAUCUGUACCGGGAGUACUACGAAGAACAGAAAAAAGUCCUUUAGGUAGAAGUAGAGCAGACAAGAGGACGACAAGAUUCGUCCUGAUCACAAUCACAAUCGCCAGCACUCUGGCGAGAUAGUCACACUUUGAAGAGACCCCAGUUGAACUCAAACCACCCAUGGCGGGACUUUUUUUUUAUCAGAGCCGUAUGAAUUGACCAAUUCUCCCUCCGCGAAACUCCGUUGAGUGCGUUCCUCAUAGCAUCGUAUGUAAGAAGCUCCUCUGUCCAGGGCGCAGGUUACAGUGCCCGCCCUCCAUCCUGUAUGAUCGAUCGAUUGAUAACCC